GAUACAAGGGAUUUACGGCUGUGGUGCAGUCUGAUUGGCUUCCUGGCCAUCAGGCCAGCCGGGCUAAUAGCAGGCAGUAGUUGCAUUAAUGCAGGGCCUGUGGGGGUGGGGCAGACCUGGCCCUGGGCUCCCACUGCCAUCUGCUCCUCCAGGGCUGGCGACACUGAGAGGAUGCUGGGCCACUUCCCGCUCACCCUGGUGCUGCUCAGCGCCACCCUGGACCUGGCUACAGCGGCGCUGACAGGAAUCCACCAAGCCGGGUACUGCUCCUACUACGGCGAGUGCGGGCGGAACCCCGAGAUCAACGUGAGCCUGCUGUGGUCGCCGGUGCCCUGCCUCUCCAACACACCGGCCCGGCUGCUCAAAGACGCCACCCUCAGCAAGCUGAAGGAGGUGUGCCCCCAGCUGUACACGGGCGAGAACACCACGUACGCCUGCUGCUCCUACAACCAGCUGGUGGCCCUGCAGCUCAGCCUGGCCAUCUCCCAGGCCGUCCUGACCCGCUGCCCCGCCUGCUCUGAGAACUUUGCCAACAUCUACUGCCAGAACAUCUGCAGCCCCAACCAGAGCCUCUUCACCAACGUCACUCGCUUCUUCAACCGCACCACCAUCCUGGGCACGCGCCAGGUGGGCGUGCUGGAGUACCAGUGCUUCUACAACCAGAGCUUCGCUGACCAGUCCUACGACUCCUGCAAGGGCGUCCGGAUCCCUGCCACUGGUGGCUACGCCAUUGCUGCCAUGUGCGGCAAGUACGGUGCCACCCUGUGCACCAGCCAGCGCUGGCUGGACUUCCAGGGGGACAGCAGCAACGGGCUGGCCCCGCUGGAUAUCGACUUCCAGCUGGUGCCCGCCAAUGGUGCUGUUGGGGAGGGCAUCGUGCCGCUCAACGGCAAGACUUGGCGCUGCAGCGAGGCCGUCAGUGCCGACGGGGAGCCGUGCUCCUGCCUGGACUGUGCCGAGUCCUGCCCACAGAUCCCCACCCCCACGCCCCAGCCCCCGCCCCCGCCCUUCAAGGUGGGCAGCCUAGACGGGGUCUUGUUUGUGUGCUGUCUGCUCUUCUGCCUGCUGACCGUGCUCUUCGGGGCCUUCCUGGUGUGGCGCUGCGUCUCCAGAUCCAGGCAGGCCAGCAGCAAGGGGCGGCAGCGCCAGAGGGACCAGAUGACACGCCCUGCCCUGUCCUGGGAGUGUCCAGGGGGGUAG